AUGAAACUACAGCUUCAACAGGUCCAACAGGCUCAACAGGAAGAGAACCGGUCUAAGGAUAACAUGGAGGGAGAAAGGGAUAGCCAUAGGAGGAGUAUUCAUCAAAGACCAACUACUCCGGACGAGCAGAAUUCAGACCUCCUUCGAGAAAUGAGGAAGGAAAUGGACGAACCGAGGAACGCCAUUAAGGAGAAGACGGACCGAAGCGUAGAUAGAAUGGUAAGGGCCAUGGAUUCGCCUUUCACCUCGGCGGUACUUGAAUGCCCCGUACUGUCAAAGUUUCGCUUACCUCAACUUAAACCGUUCGACGGACUCAAAGACCCUCAGGAUCACCUUAAUACCUUCAAGACGACACUAUCUUCAACAGCCACCCAACAAGAUACUGUGUCAUUCCUUUCCCACCACUCUCAAGGGAACUACAAGUUGAGCAAUGCCUUCUUGCAUCACUUCAUAGAGGGGCAGUGUCCAAAGAGGCCGGCGGACCACUUACUCACCAUUAGACAGGGAGAGAAGGAAACUCUGAGGUCAUACGUGAAACGCUUUACUCGGGAGACUCUGGAGGUGGACGAAGCUGAUGACAAGGUACAGCUGACGACCUUCAAAGUGGGACUGAGAUCCAGAGAUCUCGUGGCUUCCUUCACAAAGAAUCCUCCAAAGACAAUGGCAGAAAUGCUUCUGAAAGCACAGAAGUACAUGAAUGUUGAAGAUGCUUUAGCAACCAUAAAGGAUGUAGAGAAGCCAGGAGACAAGACAAAGAAGGAAGACGAGAGUAGGGGUCAAAAGAGGGAGCGCCCAAAUCAUCAGAACAAUGACAAGAACAGAAAAAAAGAUGAUAAAGGUCCUCGAACAGUAAGGUUUACUCCUUUGGUUAUGCCCGUUGACAAAAUUUUAACGCAGAUCAAGGACGAGCACUAUCUCAAAUGGCCAAGACCAUUACACUCAUUCCCUAACGUCCGUGAUAAGAACAAGUACUGCCGAUUCCACAAGGAUCACAGCCACAACAUAGAAGAUUGUAGGGACCUAAAGGAGCAAAUAGAGGAGUUGAUACGGAAAGGAAAAUUACAGAGAUAUGUAAAGAAGGGGGAAUAUAGUAAGUUCAGAGACAGCAAUAAGAGCCAGCAUGAGUCCUCUUCCAAGAGUGACAAUCGCCCAUCCCAACCUCCACAGGAUGUGAUCGAGGAGAAAAAGAUGAUUACAGGAGGGCCCUUCUCAAGAGGGUCAUUUAAAUCCCUCAAGAAAGCAUACCAGAGGUAG